AUGUUUGGUCUCAGAGCCUUUAAAUGCACCAAACAUGUGAUAGGAGACCGUGCACUGUUCUCUGCGGUACGAUGGCAGUCAUCAAAAUCCACACCAGGGAAUAUUGAUUUUUACACUAUCCGAGACCCCAAACUACGUGAUAUAAUUGAAUCUUCCAGCUUUGGUUCAGAAAAGACCCGGCCCUUAGAUUCAAACUCACAAUCUACCACACAAAGUAAAAAACCAGCACCAUUGAAACUGUCCCCACUAAUAUCAAACACCAAGUACGACAAUACUUCGACUAGUCUGACCCAAGCUGAAAAUAGAGCUACUUCAUAUGAAACAUUCACAACCAAGAUCAAACAAGACAUAAUGGAGAAAGUGGACAAAUUACCGUCUCAGAAAGAGGAAUUGACUAUGAACAUCACCAAGCUGUUCAAGAAGUACAUGGACCGUCUUCAUCCCACGGUAUUGCAAGCCACAAAGACUUUGAAUGAUGUUACCGGAUACUCAGCUAUAGAACAAUUAAGAUUGACGAUAGACCAUCUCGAAAACGACCUUAAAGCUGCUAAAGAGAAAGUCAAGGAGGCCAAAUCAAAUUACAUGGCAGCCAUCCAGGAAAGAUCGCUUCUGCAGAAGGAAGUCAACGAACUUCUUACUAGGAAGCAUACUUGGAGUUCAGAAGAUUUAGAAAGGUUCACUCAACUUUAUAGAAACGACCAUGUGAAUGAACAAAACGAAGCUUCUGCCCAUGAGGAACUCAACAAGGCAGAGCAAAUGGUGGAUUCGGUGCAGUUGAAACUCACACAGCUGAUUCUUACGAGGUACCACGAAGAACAAAUCUGGUCGGAUAAAAUCAGACAAGCUUCAACUUGGGGAACGUGGAUACUUAUGGGUUUCAACGUAUUAUUGUUUUUCACGGCCACCCUUGUCGUUGAGCCCUGGAAGAGAAGAAAAAUGGUAGACUCUUUUGAUAUCAAAGUGAAACUGGCUAUCUUGGAAUUUUCACAAGAACAAAGAGGUAAAAUGGAUACCAUUUUAACCAACCAAGCCCAAAAUUCUAAAGUAUUUGAAGACACUUCUAAAUCGGGCGAGCCUUACUCUAUCAGACUACCUUUCCAUACCUGGGCCACCUUUAAGCAGGCGUGCAUUUCAAACUACAAGGCUUUGACAUCUCCUUUGACCACCACACUUAUAUUCGAUAAGACAGAUUUUGGACUCUUUGUAUCUUUGGUGUCCAUUUUCAGCUGUACUAUUGCCAGUUUGUUAACUAUUUACUUUCAUUAA